CCACAGUUCAUCAUCAGUUCUUAUCAAACGAUUACAGUAGUUUCACUGUAACUAUAUAUAGUGACGAGGGAGCAGCAGCUGGUUACUAAUACUAUGAUCCGCAAACUGCUACUACCGGCGGUCGUUCUGGCGACGGUACUGAUACAGGAUUCUGCAGCACAGGAAUAUUAUUACCCAGUAACGUAUCGUGUUACCAACAAGUUAAGUAGCAGAAUGGCAGUGAUAGUGCACUGCCGAUCCAAAUACAUCGACCUCGCCGCUCGUGCGCUGGCGGCCGAUUCCGAUUACAGUUGGGGUUUCCGGCCGAAUGAUCAUUAUCCAGGGAACACCUUUGCGUGCCACCUGGCUUUCCAAGACAAGCGUCUCGAUUUCACGACAGUCGUCGGGGAUGGAGAUAAGUACGAAGUGCUUGAUGAUGGAGUUUAUGGGACUCGCGCUGAGGGGAAGCAACGACUCCAGGAGUGGAAGAGCUAGGUUGAUUUAGGGCUCGUUUGUUUGACAGAUUUUAAAAUAAAUGUUUUGAGUUUUG